AGGAUCUUUAGAAGACGGAUAUGGGUUAGGAUGAAACCAGUUUUCAUCUCCAUUCUUUGUCCAGCUCCAAAGGAAGGGCAAGGGGAUCAGUAAGAUCACCCAGUGGACAUUGGAAAUAGCUUUUGAUGGUACGAGGCCUUUUUUCAUGUGACCCCAGGUGCAAGAGAAUUCAAAGCAGCUAUUUUCAAGCAGAAAAAGAACAAGGUAAAAAGAUGGCCUACCAGAAGAUCAGUGCAGAUCAAAGAGCGUCAGGACAUUCACAGUACUUAGACAAUGAUGACCUUCAAGCCACUGCCCUUGAUUUAGAGUGGGAUAUGGAGAAGGAACUGGAGGAGCCUGGUUUUGACCAGUUCCAACUUGACAGUUCUGAGAAUCAAAACCUAGAGCACCCAGAGUCUGUGGACCUCAAUCUUGAUUCCAUUCAGCCAGCAACUUCACCAAAAGGAAGAUUCCAGCGGCUACAAGAAGAAUCUGACUAUGUUUCCCAUUAUACAAGAUCUGUACCAAAGAGCAACCGCUGCAACUUUUGUCGCCUUUUGAAAAUAUUUUGCACAACCACCAUUUUAUUUAUUCUCGGAAUUUUGGUAGGUUAUUAUGCACAUACAAAUUGCCCUUCAGAUGCCAUAUCUUCAGGAACAGUUGAUCCUCAGUUAUACCAAGAGAUUCUCCAGACAAUCCAAGCAGAAGAUAUCAAGAAGUCUUUCAGAAAUGUGGUAGAACUCUAUAACAGUGAAGAUGACAUGGAAAUUUCAAAGAACAUUAAGACUCACUGGACUUCUCUGGGCCUCGAAGAUGUACAGUUUGUGAAUUACUCCGUGCUGCUCAACGUGCCAGGGCCUUCGCCCAGCACUGUGACGCUGAGCGGCAGCGGCCAGUGCUUCCAUCCUAAUGGCCAGCCUUGCAGUGAAAGGGCCAGAACAGACAGCAGCCAAGAUCUGCUCUACUCCUAUGCCGCUUACUCUGCCAAAGGAACUCUCGAGGCUGAAGUCAUAGACGUGAGCUAUGGAACUGCAGAUGAUUUAAAAAGGAUUAAAAAAAUGAAAAAUAUAACAAAUCACAUUGCACUCCUGAAAUUAGGAAAAUUACCACUACUUUAUAAGAUUUCCUUAUUGGAAAAGGCUGGAUUUGGAGGUGUUCUUUUAUAUAUUGAUCCUUGUGAUUUACCAAAGACUGUGAAUUCUAACCAUGACACCUUCAUGGUGACAUUGAAUCCAGGAGGAGACCCUUCUACACCUGGUUACCCAAGUGUCGGUGGAAGCUUUAGACAAAACCGAUCAAACUUCACCUCUCUGUUAGUACAGCCCAUUUCUGCAUCCCUUGCUGCAAAACUUAUCUCCUCACCUACAGCUGGAACCAAAAAUGAUAUCUGUAGUCCUCUGGAACUUCCAUAUAAUGAAAUAAGAAUUGUCAGCAUGAAAAUUCAGACAGUCACAAAAUUUCAAACAGUUACAAAUGUCAUUGGAUAUGUAAAGGGCUUGGCAUCUCCAGACCGAUAUAUUAUAGUUGGUAGCCACCAUCGUGCUGUAUAUAGUUAUAAUGGACAAGAAUGGGCCAGCAGUACAGCAGUAAUCACGGCUUUUAUCCGAGCUUUGAUGUUAAGAGUAAAGAAGGGAUGGAGGCCAGACCGCACCAUAGUUUUCUGCUCAUGGGGAGGAACAACUCUGGGCAAUGUUGGCUCGUAUGAGUGGGGACAGGAUUUCAAGAAGAUUCUGCAAAAAAAUGUUGUGGCUUAUGUUAGUCUCCACAGCCCCAUAAGGGGCAACUCAAGCCUUCACCCUGUGGCAUCACCAUCUCUUCAGCAACUGGUAGUAGAGAAAAAUAAGUUCAACUGUACCAGAAGAACUCGUUGCCCAGAAACCAAUGUCAGUUCUGUACAGAUACAAGGUGACGCUGACUAUUUCAUCAACCAUCUUGGAGUUCCUACCGUGCAAUUUACUUAUGAGGACAUCAGUGCACUAGAGGGUCCAAGUUUUCUCUCUGAGGCAGCUUUUCCUCAACAUGCAAUAAAUAUUGAAGAAAUGGAUCCUUUCUUCAAUCUUCAUGAAACCAUUACCAAGCUCUCAGGAGAAGUGAUUUUGCAAAUUGCCAAUGAACCAGUUCUGCCCUUUAAUGCUCUCGAUAUAGCUUUAGAAGUUCAAAACAGCCUUAAAGGUGAUCAACUCAGUGCUCAUCACCUGCUGGCCGUGGCAGCCCGCCUGAGGGAGAGUGCUGAACUCUUUCAGUCAGACGAGAUGAGACCUGCCAACGAUCCCAAGGAGAGAGCCCCUGUCCGUGUCCGGAUGCUGAAUGACAUCCUCCAAGACAUGGAGAAGAGCUUCGUGGUGCGGCAGGUGCCACCAGGAUUUUACAGAAAUAUCCUGUACCACAUGGAUGAGAAGACAAGCCAGUUUUCAAUACUCAUGGAGGUUUGGGAGCACUGCAGCUCUCUCACAUCAAAUGACACCCUUCAAGGAGCCCUGUCAGAGGUUCUGAACAGCAUUAAUUCAGCUCAGGUUUACUUCAAAGCAGGACUUGAAGUGUUCCAGAGUGUCUCGGUUGCGAAGAACUGAGGAUACUCUUGGCAUUUUAAAAAUGUUUGUUUACAAUUUUAUAAGCAAAAGCUCUAAUCUGCCCAGAUUUUUCUGACAUUGAGGACUUUUUCCCCUAUGGCUUUGCAACAAGUCUAAAGCUAUUAUUACAUGGUAUUUUUAAUGUACAUAGAAAGAAGGUUUUGCACAUCAAAUAUUGUUCUUAUAUCUACAUUUCUGAAUAUGUAAAAGCAAGUUAUUGAAAUAAUACUUAAGAUUUAUCUAUUAAAA